CACAGCAUCAUAGGAUGUGGGGUUAAUUCAUUGCCUUCAGAAGAUGAAAUGGUGGUGCGAUAACAUCACAUGAACUACGGUAACGAACGCCAACCAAGCCAAGUUUCUCAUUGCGAGCUGUAGCGGAAGACCUGCGUGGUUCUGCCUGCAAGAUCCCACCAGCUGUAAACGAACCCAACUACAGGAAGGAGAAACCCUGAAUGGAAUAUGGAGUGUAUUCCAGUGGCUAUUGAUGAUCUUGAGGGCAAAAAGGACCCUGUCAUAGAAGACCCAGAGCACAAUGUGUACACCAGGUUUAUGAAGUCCCAUCGGUGUUAUGACCUCGUACCGACCAGCUCCAAACUUGUGGUGUUUGAUACAUCACUUCAGGUGAAGAAAGCCUUUUUUGCUCUUGUUUCCAAUGGGGUAAGAGCAGCACCUCUGUGGGACAGCAAGAAGCAGUGCUUCGUUGGGAUGCUGACCAUCACAGACUUUAUUAACAUCCUUCAUCGCUACUACAAAUCUCCAUUGGUUCAGAUAUAUGAGUUGGAAGAACACAAAAUUGAAACGUGGCGAGAGUUGUACCUGCAAGACUCUUUUAAACCCUUGGUUAGCAUUUCUCCCAAUGCGAGUUUGUAUGAUGCAGUAUCAUCCCUGCUGAAGAAUAAGAUCCACAGACUGCCAGUAAUCGACCCCCUGACCGGGAACACACUCUAUAUUCUCACACACAAGAGGAUUCUCAAGUUCCUGAAGCUUUUUAUAUCAGAGAUGCCAAAACCCUCUUUCCUGGGACAAACCUUAGAGGACCUGAACAUCGGAACGUUCAAAAACAUAGCAGUGGUCCGCACAGACACACCACUGUACACGGCGCUGGGUAUUUUUGUUGAACAGCGAGUGUCGGCGCUCCCCGUCCUGGAUGACAAAGGUCGAGUGGUGGAUAUAUACUCAAAAUUUGAUGUUAUAAAUCUGGCCGCAGAGAAGACGUACAACAACUUGGAUCUGACGGUAACAAAAGCCUUGCAGCACCGUUCUCAGUACUUUGAAGGAGUGCUGACCUGCAACAGGCACGAGACCCUGGAGGCAAUCAUCAACAGACUGGUGGAGGCCGAGGUGCACAGACUGGUAGUGGUGGACGAGCAGGAAGUGGUGAAGGGAAUAGUCUCCCUUUCAGAUAUUCUGCAGGCAUUAGUCCUAACUGAUGGGGAAGAGGGCACAGCUUGAGGGAUGUUUCUGAAACAAAGAAGGCUACACAAUUUUUAGAGAAUGGUAGAGCAAAUGGAGAAAGAACAGGCAUGUGCAUAUUGAAGUACCAUCACCUAUCUCCUGUCCCCACACUUCAUAUAUUAACACAUGAAUCCUUCUCCUUCUCUGCUAAAAUAUGAAGCUUUAGCAACAAAGCAAAAUAAAAUUGUAGUAGCAUAAGACAUACAGAAGCUCCUGAAAAAACGAGCCAAAUUCCAAGCAACGAGAGAUGUAAAGACCUCUGGACGAGGAGCCGUCUUCUCUGAGCAGGCAUCAUUCCCACUGCUCGAUGGUCUUCUCAGGCCAUUAAUUAUGGCUCUUAUUACCAAUUCAUUCUCAACAGUUUUAAUUAUGCAAUCAGUCGCAAGCUAAAGAAAAACUGAUUUACCUGUAAUGCCUUUUGUUAGCAGAAUAUAAUUAUUUUAAUACAGCUGGAAUCUAUAUGCAGAAAAGCCUAUGUAAAAUCAUUUUAAACAGUGUGUCUUUUUCACAUUAAUAUUUGGUGUGCAUUAUUGUUCUGGCACGUCCCUACAUCAGCCUGAGUCCUGAACUUUGUACAUAAAAUCUGUGUUUUUUCCUGCCAAAUGAUCUUAUUUUCCUUAUUGGUUUUAUUAUUUAGACGUGUUUGAAGGAUGGAUUUAUACAAAUUUUACCUUGGAAAAACUACAAAUUUGCAAAGACAUUUUGAAGGUUAGAUGGUUACAGAAGUAUUUAUCUGUACUUGUGUCCCUCAUACACUAGCUUAAUGCUACAAUUUGCUUUGGUUAGCUCAAUUAAUCAUACAAACUCUAGUCUUCAAAGGCCUUUGAGAUGACCAGUCGUCUGCAUUGGUCAUGGUCUGAUUAUAUUUGAAAUAAGCCAGGAAGUUUUUCAACAAUUAAAUCAAUUGAUUACAUAUAACAUGUGCAAAUAUUUCAAAGACUCAGGAUUGAAUCAGUUGUGAAGCCAGACUGCAAUGUAGAGAAUGGAUCUGUUUGUUUGAUCUAUAAAAUGUCAGAAAACAUUCAGUUUCUCUGUCAAAGGUGAUGUCUUUAAAUGUUUUGUUCUGUCAGUCCAAAACCCCAAAUAAUCAAUUUAACAUGAUCCACAUCAGAGAAAAGCAGGAAUGUCCAUAUUUAAAAGCUGAAAAAGCCUAUCUAUAAGGACAAAUCCAUUCAAAACAGACGAGCCAAUUCAUCGUUGCAACUCUAGUCUUAGAACAGUUUAAUAAUAUUAGGCUCAAGAGAAGAGGAACUCAUUGGUGCAAUUCAGAUCAGUAUCAAUGCCUGCUGGUGGAGAUGACCGUUGGAUAUUUAUGGAUUCUGUGUUUUGCUAUUUUCUCUGUGUUUUCAUGUUACAACAUGUGUAAUGGAUUGUACAUUUGACUUUAGAGAGAUUUUUUUUUCUCUGCCCGUUUUGUUAAUCACACUUUGGCUCUUUGGUAUCGUAAAAGGGAAGGGCAUUGAUGGUUUUAUGAUUUCUACCUUUUUAGUGUUUAAUUUUGAUGUCAGUGAUGAUUUGUGAUGUCUGCUGCAUUCAGUUAAACAUUUUAUGUUAAUUGUAUUUAGGGGAAAUUAUCAAAAUCACUCAAAACCAGCAUUUCCUUUUCCAUUUUCAAAAGAGGAUGGGCCAGGAACAUCUCACACCUGCUGUUCUACAUAUGUCAAUGAAAUGUGAACACCUGUUUGUAAACGCACAGUUUUUGCAGUGAUCUGCAUUGAGAUUACCUUGGAAGGAUGAGCAAUAAAAAGUGAGAGAGAUUGUUUUAAAUCAUAUUAUAUGUUUUAUAGCAUCACAUAUAAUUAAUUUAAAGAUGUAACCAGGUGAAGUGAAAUUGAUUCACACUCCAACAAUAACUGUUUUAGCCAGUGGAAAAAGCGCAUAACAAAAUGACGUCAUCACCUCCACAUAGCAAACCUUUUUUAAAAUACAAGUUGAGGUUUGUAUUUAUUAUGCAGUGUAUAUGAGUUGGUCUUAGAGAUAUUGACCCAAGUUUUUGUAACUUGGACUUGAGUCGACUGUUUUGAAGACUUUGCUUUUAUUAUGACAGAAAAUAAAUGACAUGAUACUAAAUACUAGUAAAUAAUUGUGACUUGA